CAGUUCCACAAAUGGGUUUACGACUACAAGGAAUGAACAGAUAUCCAUAUACCCAUGCUCACUGCAGCAUUACCUAGAACAGUGAAAAGGUAGAAAUAACCCAAGUCCCCUGAGUCAUGAAUAAACAACACGUGGUAAAUGUACACAAUGGAAUGCUCUUUAGCCUUAAAAAUAAAGGAAACUUCAACACAUGCUACAACAUGGAUGAAUCUUGAGGAUAUGAUGUCAAGUGAAAUAUGCCAGUCCACAAAAGACAAAUACUGCAUGAUGCCAUUUAUAUAAGGUAUUCACAGUAGUUAAAUUCAUAGAGAUAGAAAGAAGAGUGGUGGACUUCCACUUUCUUGCUUCUGGUGUGUGAAUUUGAACUUCUCAAGAGUGUUUUAGAACUAAAGAAGACAACAAAUAGGGGUCAUCUGAAGUUUACUGGCCCCCAGGACAAAGUUGGAGAUCACUGCUCAAGCAUAAGUUUUCCUAAGACUGCAUCAGAGAUGUCUGAUGUAAAGGCUUGGGCUGAAUGUUGUGGAGUGGGCUGCAAAGGGCCAUAUGGUUUGCUUACGACAGUUAUUUUGGCUCUUACUCCACUGUUCCUAGCAAGCGCCAUCCUGUCCUGGAAAUUGGCCAAGAUGAUUGAAGCCCGGGAGACGGAGGAAAAGAAGAAACAAAAACGUCAAGAAAAUAUUGCAAAAGCUAAACGACUGAUGGGCUGGGGAUUUAGCCCAAUGGUUCUGGCGCCUGCCUUGCAAGCACAAGGUCUCGAGUUUGAUCGCCGGUACCAAAAAAAAAAAGCUAAACAACUGAAAAAAGAUUGAAGGGAU